AUGCGAUUCCGGGCUAAGAUCGUGGAUCUGGCUUGCCUCAACCACUUCAGCCGUGUAAUUAACACCAUCGCCAAGUUAGCCAAGACCUGCGCCCUGCGCCUCACCGUCAGCAAGCUGUAUUUCAUCCUCUCCGAUAAAGUAGCGAAUGGAGGCGUCAGUAUGUGGUGCGAGCUGUGCCAGGGGAAUUUCUUCGAUGAAUUUCAGAUGGAAGGAGUUGCUGCAGAGCACAAUGAAAUCUAUUUAGAGUUGGUGCCUGAGAACCUGUCGAGAGCAUUAAAAACUGCCCAGAAUGCUAAGGCAGUGAAGAUCAAGUUGACUAACAAACACUGUCCCUGUCUCAGAGUUGCUGUGGAGCUACCAUCCUUAUCAAGCAGCAGUAGGAUGGUGACACAUGACAUUCCUGUGGGGGUUAUUCCCAGAAGAUUAUGGAAUGACUUCAGAGAGCCCAGUGUGCCAGACUUUGAUGUCAGUAUUUACCUACCAGUGCUGAAAACAAUGAAGAGUGUUGUGGAGAGAAUGAAGAAUCUCAGCAAUUCCAUUGUGAUUGAAGCAAACUUGAGUGGAGAAAUGAACUUGAAAAUAGAAACUGACUUAGUGUCUGUAACAACACAUUUUAAAGACUUGGGAAAUCCUCCCUGGGCAUCAGAGGAUGGAUGUCAAAGUUCUGCUCAAAGCAGAGAUCUGGAAAGCAUGGCUGAGGCACGUAUAGACAUCAAGAAGCUGCUGCAGCUGCUUGCUGGACAGCAGGUCAAUCCCACAAAAGCAUUGUGCAAUAUUGUAAGCAAAAGAAUUGUCCACUUCAUCUUGCUCCAUGAGGAUGUUUCGCUUCAAUAUUUUAUUCCAGCACUUGCCUGAAUGUUUUGGAAUCACAGUCAUUUUCCAACCAGAGGCCUUUUCUAUGAAGCCUGAAAACUUUCAUGAGCUGCUGGGGUACUCUCACAUGAUAUGCUGUUAGACACAGCCAUCAGAUGGAUGUUAUUUCCAUAUUUAUGAAAUUAUUAAAAAUAUCUCCUCAUCCAGAAGGCCAUUUUUGUGAAGUUAUGUGCUAUGAAGGACACAACACUGGGGAGCUGGCACAUCUGAGCAUUAUGGGGAGCAAACCUGAAAUCUGUGUGUGCUUUUGGGAUGCUUUGAGCUGUGGGGAAGGCAAUGUAGUAUCUUUUUUUUCUUGUCAACAAACAUAAAGGUAGAAUUGACCUCUGGAGCUGCUGCUGGGUGUAUUCGGUAUUGGAUAAUGCAGCUCCAAGUUAAGAGAUCUCUGAGCAAUCUGUCAUACCUCCAUGGAGCAGGAGAGGCCUCUGCAGGGUUGACAGACUGGUAUUUGCCUGGGCAGGUAAGCACAGCUCUCCUGAAGUGGUACUGGAUUGACUUCUGUUCCAGCAGUGAUGUAUAUGGACUUGGUGCUGCUGCAUGUUGUGCAGCAGAAAUGCGUCUGAGGCAGAGGAGCUUCCUGUGGUUGCCAGCAUGUAACGGGAGGUAACGGAUGCUGAGGAGCACCAACAGCUCAGCAGCAUCUGUUUCUACCUGGUUGUAUCUUUUGGUCUGACUUGCUCCAACAUACCUCAGUAGUUCUGUUAGUGUUUGAACUGAUGUGUUUAGCUCUUGGCCUGAGAGGAUGAGAUAAACAGUCUGAAUUAUCUUGUUAAUGUGGGCAGUGAAGGUCUCUAUGUAUGCACAGAAUGAGUAUCGUAUGGCGACGUGUGAACACAACAAUUGGUGUGAAAUAAAGGGCAGAUUAUCUGUGGACCACGUUUUUUCCCCUUUCCAGAUGGAAAGCAUUGUACAACCUGUGUCAUCACAGCAUCAGAUAUGGUGAGAUUGCAUCUAGGCUCUGAUGCCAAGCAGCCAAGAGCAUGACUAAGUCUCACUGACAGGAGUACUGCUGCUGCUUCUACUUCCUGGUUAUCUUCUGAGGUCUUUUCCUGCUUAUUCCAUGUGUGAUUGUAUUUGUUAUGCAGACGUGUUCCAUAGAGCCUUUGGUGUUCCACAGGGUUUUGAAUAUCUUGUGAAACUUCUUGUUUUAGAAAUAGUGAGUGUUUGCUGCCAGGUGGGACUGGGGGUUUCUGCUAGAUGGUAACUCUUGUGGUGGGCAGAAGCGUUGGGUUUUUUUGGUUUGUUUUAUUUCCAAGGGACAUUGAGGUUAAGGGAGCAAUUAGUCUUUCUGUUCUUGCAGAUGCAAGUGGUCAGGAGAAUGCUGGAGGGGAGGCAGUGGCCUAGGAAUGUUAUGCUUGUUUGCCUUCUUCCACCAUUUCUAUCAGACUAACCAGAAAGCAUCUUCCAAAUCCUGUUAGUUUUCAUGGGUGACUGCUAUUACCAAAAAAAUCUGUGUAAGAUGAAAAAAGCUGUACACCAAGUUACAGCAAGUGCAUGGUAAGAGGUAUGUGGUAAAUAUUCCUGGAGUUUCUCCUGAGGAGAGGGGAAAAACUGUCCAAGUAUGAUACAGAGUAUGCA